AUGUCGACCGAAGAGCAACCAAUCUCGAUCCAAGAGAACGUCGAGCAAGUAUGCUUCUCGUAACCACCUGCUGCAGGACUCGCCUAUCCCGUAGAGCGUUUCCACCCGUACACUCUGGCGUCUCAGCAAGAGCCGACAGCUAACAGAACACGGCAAUUUACAGGUGUGGGAACGCAUCCGUGAGAACAGCCCUAUCUACAGUUUUGCUCUCUCCUCGGCAAGUUAUCACCCACCCCUCUGGUGCUACAUUCGUUUAAGCUCCUAAUGAAAAAAAAUAAAAAAAUAAAACAGGUCAAAAUAACCUCCGUAUCCAAAGGGCACGUAUCAGCGAGCCUGCGAGUCGAGUCCAACCAUCUGAACUCUAAAAAUACACUCCAUGGUACCGUGACCACGUGUAUAAUCGACUGGAUGGGCUCUAUGGUCAUUGCUUCGCACGGGCUACAAAAGACCGGGGUUAGCACCGAUAUUCAUGCCUCCUUCGUGGGGUUCGCAGCGGAGGGGGAGGAGUUGAUUAUUGAAGGGAGGAGCGAGAAGAUUGGGAGGAGCUUGGCUUUUGUGAGCGUUAUGAUCGAGAAGGUUAAGGAGGGUGGGGAGAGGCAGGUGGUUUCCAAGGGGUCCCAUACAAAGUAUAUCAAUUGAUGAUGAUGGGUGGAAGUAUGCUGUGAUUUUAGCUUCAAAAGUUGCAACUCUCGA